AUGGAUAGGUAAAUAAGUUCUAUGUCUCCUAACUCCAUCUUAAGGCUUUCUUCCUGCUCUUUUGAAAAUUCAUUUUUAAAUCAGACAAAAUCCACAUCUACACCGCAACCCUGCCGACAUAAUUAUUCGGAUACCGGCUAUGAGUCCUUGUCUGUCGUUUCGGAGGAAUCAAGGGGCACAACUGCAGAAGGCUCCUUUUCUGUUUAUGGGUCUAGUUGUCUUAACUCUUCACUCAAUUCGUCCUCCAAAUGGAUGCAAGGACCUCCGGGAAGGUACAUUACUUAGGCUGUGUUUCACUUCCUUUCAAGAUAUGUUGGAAGAAGGUUCCUUGAUGUUAUUGGCCAACUUUAUCUAUAUGAUAAGUCUGGAAUGGUCCUUUGUUCUAUUCUCAAACUUCUGGACGCCCGGUCCCUUAAAAUGAUGCUCCUUACCUCCAAGUUAUGGCGGAAAGCUGUUUCAAGUUACCUGGCUGGUCGAGGUUCAGUGAAAAGGCGGUCACUUUCAAGUGAAGUUGCAUCUGACAAAGAGAACACACAGUGCCAAACCCCGGGAAAGGAAUUUAUAACACCCCGCGGGAUUUUGUCUGCCCGACAGCCUCACCAAGGCAAUAAUUUACCCCGAGAAAUAUUAGUUCCCUCCCACCAGCUGAAUCCAAUCGUUACGGAUUGCUGGAAGGUACGUCAAUACCCAAGCUAUUAAAUCUAGAAGGCUUUUUUGUAGUGCACUUAGAACUUACCUCUAGUUGACGUCAUUUCUUCCUGUUCCGUCACUCAGUAUCCGUCAAAAGCUCGUGUUAUGAACGGAUUAGCUUUGCAACUUUUUUGAGACUGAGAUUUACAGGUUAAAAUCUAGUAAUCCCUCGGGAAAUACUCUUAUUCCGCAAAUUCAUUAUGGCUCGUCUCAUUUAACCCCUAACCUGCGAGCAGGCGUCCACUACUUUAAAAUAAACUUGAACUUCUAUCGCGAAUUGUAUAUUUUAGUAGGUGCAUCCGUAUUCCAGUGUAUUUCCAAAAUACGCCGAAUAUAAAUAAGUUGCAUUAAGAGGAUUUCCCUCUUGCAAGAUUGCGUCCUGUACGGUAUAAAUCCCGAUUUUACCUCACUUUUCUAGAGCAUCGUGCAUUGUUCACAGUGUCCCAGAGGGCUAAGCUCUUUCGGACUCAGAACAUUGAAAACCUUGCAAUUUGACCUCACACUUUCUAUUGUUCGUAUUUUCACAAUCCAGAAAAUAGUGUUCCUUUCACUAUCGACGUGUCGUCAAUUUUGUUUGGAGACAAAUUAAAGUGUAUUUGUCCGUUGUAUUCAGGUAGUCGUCUCUGUUAUAGCCGCACUACAGGCUUUGAAGGGAUAAAACGUUACUAGUUAGCCUUUCUGCCACAGUCACUGGUGGAAUGUUCCUGCAUUGUUCUGCACCCCUGUGGCCUGAACUGCUGAUUAAAAACAAACGAUCGUGGCUAAAAUUGUGAUAAUUCCACUGGUUAGCUGUCGAACCGCCUACGUCAAAACUUCCAGUGUCCUAUGUUGCACGGCAAAUAUUUUCUUAUCAUACAAAUAGUAUCUCGUAUCGUGUUUCCCAAGCCCCUUGUAGCGUGCAGAUCUUCGGUUGUCGGUGUUAAAACUCCACCUAACUAAUUACACCAUCAGAUGAUGGGGAUACUGCUAAAUGACUGGCAGCCCAAACUACCAUAACUGUUUUUAGAAUGCCGUAGGUUGAUUGUAAGAUUAGCGUUAGUCGUAAAAAAUGAGCGUGAAUGACUGUCCUACUUUAACUAAACGGUAAAAAGUAGGGACAUCGCAACAAUUCUACGCAGAUUCGGACUUAUCAAUAGAGCCAAGGUUUCAGUUUACCUGACAAGCCCUAUUACUGGGCUCUAUCGUGUUAUGUCUUAGGUAGGCAGGCCUCGAGGUAUCACCCUUAGUAUGAACUGGGCAUCAAGAGGUAAUCGGACUAGUUACCUGACUAAUCUCACGCACGACUGUCUGUUGAGCGCUCAUGCUACAGUUGAUUGUCGGUUAAUUCGAGAUAACAGUAGGAAGCGACCGCCUAUGCAAAACUUUAGUCCUUCAAGUUCCGAAUCGUAAAUUAAGACCAUUCAGGGAUGGACAAAGUCCGCUUUCUCUCAGCAGACUGUUGCAUCUAGGUCAAAGACGGUAAAGGUAUAUGUAAAUUGUGCUGGCCCUUCUGGUCCUGUAAACUACCUCGUCCCUUGUUAAACCAGUGAAUAACCAUGUGCUCCCUACACGAUGCCGCUGACACCACCGCGCCAUGAGUAAUUGCAAAACGCAAAAAUGUUUCGUAGGGAUUCUUGGACACCAGCCCGAAUUUCGUCGUCAAACAUCACACAUUUGUCCAAACAUGCUCUUUUGGAAUCUUGACGUGAGUAGCACAUUAUACACCGGCCAGUUUUCUUCGCUCUGGGGGAAGUCUACUCUCCCUCUUUGCAGGUCAUAUAAGCAAUGAAUUUAUUGACUUCUGAUCACCGUAUUGUUUUGCUGCUAGGUUGCCGAAACUUGUGUUGGUCGCGAGGUAGUCAAACGCUGUCCAGUCUGUUCGGGCUUCGCUAUUCGUCGCGAAGGCACUUGGCCUGAUCAGCUGAUUUGUCAACAAGACGGUUGCCGAGCCGUUGUUUGUGCCGCGUGCUUCCAGAAACAUAGCCCAUCCUCCGAUUGUCCUCCGUCGGUUUUACGAAACCCCAGGUACGUCCUUUCGGCCUCCUCCUUUUACCUAUUCUUUGCCAUUUGCUUUCGUUCUAUCUCUCCCUCUUCCCGCCCCUAUAAUCUGCUCCCUCCCGUUCUUGCAUCCAUUGUCCUGCUGUUUUGUAGCACCGGCCGUGUCGAAAUAUCUAGUGAGACAGUUACUCCCCUUCCACGCGCAGCUGUCCGUGCGUCUCAGAGGCAACGUAAUCUCAAGACACCAAAAAGCAAUCGUGCUCUGUUGCGCCGACUCUGA